AAUUGCUAAAAACAUCUAGGAUUAUUUUCCUCAAAUCAAUUAUACAUUAUCGGAACGCAUUUUUUCUUUUUUUUCAACUUUUUUUGUUCAACUCGUGAAUAGACUUAUAUCACAAACAUCUUCGCUUUCAGUGCAAGUUGGCUUUUUGCGCACAAAUCUACAAUGGAAUUGGUCUGGUUGAUGUGCAUAGCAGUGAGUGUUGGCGCUUGGUUCGUGUCCGCGGAGAGGCAUUACGUAUUCUGGAAUAGCACAAAUCCCAAGUUCCAGGGAGACAAGUACACGGUGGAGGUGCGCAUCAACGACUACCUGGACAUCGUGUGCCCCCACUACCAGCGCGGCGAGGUGCUAUCCCAGGAGGCCGAGCGCUACGUGCUGUUCAUGGUGGAUCAGGAGGACUACGAGGCCUGCCACUCGCGGUCCGUCGACCAGCUGCGCUGGGAGUGCGCCCGCCCCUUUGCCCCCCACGUCCCCGAAAAGUUCUCUGAGAAGUUCCAGCGCUUCACCCCCUUCACCCUGGGCAAGGAGUUCCGGCAGGGAGAGAGCUACUACUAUAUCUCCAAACCGCUCCACCACCACGGGCAGGAAUGCAUGCGCCUGAAGGUGAACGUCGUCGGACCCAAGGGGUCAGAGGAAACCAAGGUGCGUAGAGGACCAGAAGUAGAAACUGAUGGAGGAGGAGUGCACGAUCAAUCUAACGGACUUCCUGCAGAUGACCCCUCGGUGAAAUCUCCAGUAGUAGAGAAGUUAAGUGUGGGUUCUGCAGUGCAGUUGGCUUCCAUGUCCUCGCUUUUGACAUUGGUGCCAGCCUUGCUUUCGCUAUUAUUGCAAUGAGAUUGCAAAAGAACUACAAAUACCAGAGACAUUUUAUAGGGAGAAUGGACUACAUUGACGGAGGUCUGUGGCGGACCAAGCAAUGCAUGGACCAAUCUUAAAAGCCAAUGCUGGUCAUUGGCAGAGUGGGGAAAAAAAGCUUUUGUAAAAGACAUUUUUAUACAAGUAUGAAUGUUGUGUUGUGUGAUUUCAGUUGAGUGGUGUUUUGUGAGAUUGAAUGAAUUAUUUUUUAAAACAUCAGUGUAUUUUCUUGGAAGGAUUUGUUUUAUUUUUAUUCAUGUUUUUAAGUGGAUAAUUACCCCCUUUGCCCUUCAUUUGUAUUCGUGUUACUUGGAUUACGCUGGAACUAAACUCAAACUUCAACUAAAAUUCUUUCUGAAAGAGACUCAAAGAAUUAACUGCAUAAAAUAACUGCAAUUAACAUGGAAAAAAACUAGAAUCUACAUUUGUCAGAAUUUCAAUAUAGAGCUAUGUAUAACUUUGAGUAUAAAAUGUAUUUUUCACAUAAUAAUCAUCUUACCUUUUGAGCCAAAGACUACAGCGAUCAUCUCACAGUGUAAUACUCAAAACCUACAUACUGUACAUACAGUAUGCAGAGAGUGUAUAUGUUCUCUAAUGCAGAAUUCUGUCAUUCUCAAUGUAGCAUUCAAAGAAUCAGUUUUUCUUGUAAAAAACGGUUAUUCAGUAAACACACAGCUGAUGUGGACAUGGGGUAUUUUGCUGCACAGUACACACACAGGACAGACUAACUGGUACAGAACAGGAACAUAGAUCAGACUGAGCACAUUGUUUAAAGAAAAAAAAAAAAUUAUGAAUAUUGCAAGAACAAAGUUGUCCUUUACUGUCUUGUUUUGUUUUUGUGGUUUUUUUUUUUUUUUUUUUUAAUGUUUUUUGUGUUUUGAGAAAUGAAAUUGUUUACUGUUAGGAAGAUGGCACAGAGAAGGAGAGCUUUAAGGCUGUGUGAGUUUGAGAACUAGAGAACAAAAUGUUUUCCUAAAGAAUAAUACUGUGAGUUGUUUAUCUAUAGCAGAGGGGAGCUGGGCUUUCCUGCUGUGGUGCCUCUUUUGCCCAAUAUGGAUCACCAUUCAAAUGAGACGCCUCCCCAAAUGACUAAAACACAAUGGACAUCGACAAUGGUGAGACGUAUGUACUUACCCAUACAGUAUUUAUGAGGAAAAGGAACCGAUGCGUCACCUGAUUAGGUCCGUGACAGAACCUACGAAGGGCUUGUAUUUGAGCGACAAGCGCAAGAGGACUUGAUUAAAUCUCUUGGGUUAAUAAUGCGUUUUUUUGUUUUGUGUUAUCCUGUACAUGUGUAUGUAAAAUGUAAAAUGUGUACAUAUAGAAGAUUAUAUGAAAUACAUAGAUUUGUUAAAAACAAAAAUAUGAAAAAAA